AUGAACCGGCCGUAUGAUCUGAUUGUGUAUGGCGCCACCGGCUACCUGGGGUCUUUGGUGGUGCAGUACUUGUGGGCCAACAGUCCGCCAACCCUCCGAUGGGCUGUUGCCGGCCGCAGCGAGCAGAAGCUGGCAGCCCUGCUGGACUCUUUGGACCGAACCCAAUCCCAUCGCAAGUUGCCUCAUAUUAUGGUGGCCACUCUCAGCGACGAUGAUCUGGGGCGCAUGGCAUCACAAACACGUCUGGUGCUCAACACCGUCGGACCAUUCUGUAAACAUGGGACACCCGUUGUGGUAGCCUGUAUCGAAAACUCCACUGCCUACGUGAAUUGCACUGGUGAACACGUCUGGACGCAGCAGCUGGCUGCGCGGUGGCAUGAUAAGGCCAUGACCAACAAGGCAAUUUCCAGCCCCCCAGACCUGAUGACGCUCCUUCUUGCGCGGAGGCUGCGACGUCCUCUUGGUCCCGUCUUCUUCACAAUCCAACAUACCUGGACUGGUUACAGCGGGGGCACGAUUGCAAGCAUCCUCGCCGGUCUGGAGACGUACUCGAUCAGGCAGAUGAUGGCUGCCAGCGCCCCUCGCGCGACCUGUAUCCCCGAUGCUGGUCCGCAUCACCCUCAUCUCCCUCCUGUCCUCCCCGUCCGCCGGGAUCGUUUCCUUGGUAAUCUCACCUUCAGUCCUUCGGCCAUGGCUGAUCAAGCCGUCGUCAUGCGCACAUGGUCGCUUUUACAGCGAUACGGGGACCGAACUGAGCAAUACGGUGAACGAUUUAGUUUCCAGGGGUAUACCACGGCGCCGAGCUGGCUGCAGGCGUGGUCCUCGUUCCUAGCCAUGUCGGUCGCGGUUGUUUGUGUCAUUCUGUUUCCACUCCGGUGGUUGCUGCAAUGGCUGUCCCCGCAGCCGGGAACAGGGCCGCAGAUGACCGGGGAGAAUCAUUUCGUGGAAUGGAAGGCCACAGUCGCAGUGGAUGGGGGCGAUGUAAGCCAACCCAGUGCAUUGGGCGUCAUGCGCAUGAACACGGACGUGUAUAGUGUCUGUGCAACGCUCGUUAGUGAAGCUGCAUUAACACUGUUGGAAGUUUUGGACGGAAAUGACAAGGCCUCGAUGGUGAAGAAACUCGGAGGGGGGAUUCUCACCCCUGCAUCUCUGGGAAUGCUGUACGUGGAGCGGCUAGAAAAGGCCGGAUUGGAGUGGAAAGUGACUGAAAUAGGGAAAGAUGAGUAG